GGGUUGGUGGGGGGGGGGGGCGGGCGCGUGCCGGGCCCGGCGGAGGCGGAGGGAGCGGAGCAUGAAUGGAGCAAAAUGGCGGAUCAUGUGCAGAGCCUAGCCCAGCUAGAGAACCUGUGCAAGCAGCUGUAUGAGACCACAGACACUGCAACACGGCUCCAGGCAGAGAAAGCCUUGGUUGAGUUCACCAACAGUCCAGACUGCCUGAGCAAGUGCCAGCUUCUUCUAGAAAGAGGGAGUUCAUCCUACUCCCAGUUAUUGGCAGCUACAUGCCUUACAAAACUCGUGUCACGCACAAACAACCCUUUACCAUUGGAACAACGAAUAGAUAUUCGGAACUAUGUGCUCAACUACCUUGCCACUAGGCCAAAGUUGGCAACCUUUGUCACACAAGCACUAAUCCAGUUAUAUGCCAGGAUCACAAAGUUGGGCUGGUUUGACUGUCAGAAGGAUGAAUAUGUCUUCAGGAACGUGAUCACAGAUGUCACAAGGUUUUUACAGGAUAGUGUAGAGCACUGCAUCAUAGGAGUGACAAUCCUGUCCCAACUAACUAAUGAAAUUAAUCAAGUAAGUGCUACAGCCUUCCUCAGUGAAGCGGAUACUACUCAUCCACUGACCAAGCACAGGAAAAUAGCCUCUUCCUUCCGAGACUCAUCCUUAUUUGAUAUUUUCACACUGUCAUGCAAUUUACUGAAACAGGCUUCUGGGAAGAACCUGAAUCUAAAUGAUGAAAGCCAGCAUGGUCUGCUCAUGCAGCUGCUUAAGCUCACACAUAAUUGCCUGAACUUCGAUUUCAUUGGCACAUCAACAGACGAGUCCUCAGAUGAUCUUUGCACUGUGCAGAUCCCAACCAGUUGGAGAUCAGCAUUCUUGGAUUCUUCGACCCUUCAGUUGUUUUUUGAUCUUUAUCAUUCCAUCCCUCCUUCGUUUUCUCCCCUGGUUUUAUCCUGCCUAGUGCAGAUAGCCUCUGUACGCAGAUCCCUCUUCAACAAUGCGGAAAGAGCAAAGUUUUUAUCUCAUCUCGUUGAUGGAGUUAAACGAAUACUGGAAAACCCACAGAGUUUGUCAGACCCAAAUAACUACCAUGAGUUCUGCCGAUUGCUGGCCCGAUUGAAAAGCAAUUACCAGUUGGGAGAGCUGGUGAAGGUGGAGAACUACCCCGAGGUCAUCCGACUCAUUGCCAACUUCACCGUGACCAGCCUGCAGCACUGGGAGUUCGCACCGAACAGUGUUCACUAUCUCCUAAGCUUGUGGCAGCGGCUGGCUGCAUCAGUGCCCUAUGUUAAAGCCACAGAGCCUCACAUGCUUGAAACAUACACACCAGAAGUCACAAAAGCUUACAUCACAUCCAGGCUGGAAUCUGUGCACAUCAUAUUGAGGGAUGGUUUGGAGGAUCCACUGGAUGAUACUGGCCUUGUGCAACAGCAGCUAGAUCAGCUAUCCACCAUUGGCCGGUGCGAGUAUGAGAAGACCUGUGCUCUGCUUGUGCAGCUCUUCGACCAGUCAGCCCAGUCCUACCAGGAGCUGCUGCAGAGUGCCACCGCUAGCCCUAUGGAUGUUGCUGUACAAGAAGGGCGCCUGACGUGGCUCGUCUAUAUUAUCGGGGCAGUGAUUGGUGGUAGGGUCUCGUUCGCCAGCACGGAUGAGCAGGAUGCGAUGGAUGGCGAGUUGGUUUGUCGAGUGCUCCAGCUGAUGAACCUGACGGACUCUCGUCUGGCGCAGGCUGGGAAUGAGAAGCUGGAGCUUGCCAUGCUGAGCUUCUUUGAGCAAUUUCGGAAGAUCUAUAUUGGAGAUCAGGUGCAGAAGUCUUCCAAGCUGUACCGCCGUCUCUCAGAGGUCCUGGGGUUGAAUGAUGAGACCAUGGUCCUGAGCGUCUUCAUAGGAAAAAUCAUCACCAACUUGAAGUACUGGGGUCGAUGCGAGCCUAUCACCUCCAAGACACUGCAGCUGCUCAAUGACCUCUCCAUUGGAUACAGUAGUGUUAGAAAGCUGGUGAAACUGAGCGCCGUACAGUUCAUGCUGAACAAUCACACGAGUGAGCACUUUUCCUUCCUGGGCAUUAACAAUCAGUCCAACCUGACUGACAUGAGAUGUCGGACUACGUUCUACACUGCACUUGGGCGUCUUCUCAUGGUGGAUUUAGGGGAAGAUGAGGAUCAGUAUGAGCAGUUCAUGCUUCCCCUCACAGCUGCCUUUGAGACUGUGGCACAGAUGUUCAGCACAAACACUUUCAAUGAACAAGAGGCAAAAAGAACUUUGGUUGGUUUGGUGAGAGACUUGAGGGGAAUAGCCUUUGCCUUCAAUGCCAAGACCAGCUUCAUGAUGCUGUUUGAGUGGAUCUACCCUUCCUACAUGCCAAUCCUACAGCGGGCAAUUGAACUCUGGUACCAUGACCCAGCCUGCACUACACCUGUCCUCAAACUGAUGGCUGAGUUGGUACAUAAUAGAUCCCAACGGCUGCAGUUUGAUGUGUCCUCACCGAAUGGCAUCCUGCUCUUCCGAGAAACAAGUAAAAUGAUAACUACAUAUGGAAAUCGUAUCCUAACACUUGGGGAGGUUCCAAAGGAUCAAGUCUAUGCCUUGAAGCUCAAGGGGAUUUCCAUCUGCUUCUCCAUGCUGAAGGCUGCACUGAGUGGGAGCUACGUCAACUUUGGGGUCUUCCGUCUGUAUGGGGAUGAUGCACUGGACAAUGCCUUGCAAACUUUUAUCAAGCUUCUGCUUUCCAUCCCUCACAGUGACCUUCUGGAUUAUCCCAAGCUCAGCCAGUCAUACUAUUCCUUGCUGGAAGUUCUUACCCAGGACCACAUGAACUUUAUAGCCAGUCUGGAGCCUCAUGUAAUCAUGUAUAUUCUCUCUUCCAUUUCAGAAGGCCUCACUGCACUAGACACCAUGGUUUGCACAGGCUGCUGCUCCUGUUUGGACCACAUUGUCACCUAUCUCUUCAAGCAACUGUCUCGCAGCACCAAGAAGAGGACCACACCUCUGACCCAGGAGAGCGACCGGUUCCUGCACAUUAUGCAGCAGCACCCAGAGAUGAUUCAGCAGAUGCUGUCGACAGUGCUGAAUAUCAUCAUCUUUGAGGACUGCAGGAACCAGUGGUCAAUGUCGCGGCCUCUGCUUGGCUUGAUACUGCUCAAUGAAAAGUAUUUCUCUGACUUGAGGAACAGUAUAGUGAACAGCCAGCCUCCGGAGAAACAGCAGGCAAUGCACCUCUGCUUUGAGAACCUCAUGGAAGGCAUCGAACGCAACCUCCUAACCAAGAACAGGGACAGGUUUACACAAAACCUGUCGGCGUUCAGGCGAGAGGUGAACGACUCCAUGAAGAACUCCACCUACGGUGUCAACAGCAACGACAUGAUGAGCUGACGUCUCCCAACUCCGCCUGUACAGAGCAGCAUCUCUUUGGCCUGGCCCAGAGGGGUUACCGUUUCCGAUGGAAAGAAAAGAGGGCGUUUCUAAUCCCUGCUCUUCCCCAGGGCUGGAUUGCGGCGCUCGCUUUGGGCCGUACUCCACGUCCCGAGGGAGGAGGGAACAGGAGGGGUUGUUGAGCUCACCGGGGCAGGGUGCUUCUGUUUCCGUGGGAGGGGGUGGAAGGGCAUAAGCCAGGUGCAAGAAUCCAGCGUCUCCCUACCCGAAUGUCUGCGUGGAACGCCAGCGCUCUGCUGCAGCCUGCCUUGUAUAAACAUGUACAUUUUUUCAUAACAUUUUGAACAAGGUUUAUAUUGACUCAGUUUAAAAAAAAAAAAAAAAAGUGUGAUUGAAAUUUUUACAGAGUCCUGGUGCACCGGUGCUGGCGUGAGGGUUGUGUAUGCGAGUGAGGAAAGCGUGUCCUGCAGGCCUGAAGCUUUACUGGGCGAGGGGUGGGUGUGUGAAAGUGCAGAGAUAUAUUUAGUGACAAGUGUAGAGAGAAGCAAAAAAAAAAAAAAACCAAAAAAAACCACAAAAAAAAAAAACCACCAACAAAAAAAAGGCAUUGUAAAAUUCCAAAUGUAUAUUUUUUCUUAUUAAGCCCCUUGAAAUCACAACUUCCUGUUACCGUCUUGCCCUUGUUAUUAGGAACUCUAAGCCAUGCCGCGUGAUCUUUCAUUCGUGCUUGCUCGUGGGUGUCUCUCCUAUCCCCCGGUGUAGCAGUAGGCGCUGUCCCCUCGUCAACCCGCUUCUCGCAGGGCCCUCGCCUUCCUCCCUCCGGACCGACGCUGUGCCGGGUGCCUGCCCAGCGCCAAUCUCCUCAUUCUGCCUUCUCCUUUGUUUUUUUGGUUGUUUUUUUUUUUUCUUUUUCCCCCCCCAUCUCAGUGGAGCAGGUAGCACGCGUGGGAUGCUCGGGCUGCCGGCGAGCUUGCCGCGCUCUCGGGAGCUCGCAGCAGCGAGCGUGGCCGGCCCCUGCGGCAGCACACACCUGCGCUCGGACCGAGCCGGCAGCGCGGGGCUGCUGCAGCCAACCUGCCACCUCGGAGGGUUCUUAAUAACAAGGUUUGCCUAGCAUGAAGUAUUUAACGCCCCCUUUAAAAUUAUUCCAUUUUUUCUAAGUCACCAUAAUAAAUGUUUUGGAUAUUAAAAUUGACUUACAGAGGAAAGCUGAUGGGGGAGGGAACCCAUUUGCCUUGUACUUUUUCCACUAUUGUUGCUGCUAGUCGUGUGCAUCCUCUUGCUCAGCUCUACCCACAGACACUCAGUCCUUAGGGCUUCAGUUUCUCUUCCCAGGCACCACCUACUCUUUAUUUUAUUUUAUUCCCCCCCCCCCUUUUUUUUUUGUUUUCUUUCCUCUGGCGAUUGUGUGUUGGGUCCUUUUUCGCGUGAGCAGAUUGCUGGUUGACUUGUAAGGGUGUUUGCUGCAUACAGUGUAAGCAUUGUGACUGCAAAUAAAACUUCAAUGGUUUCUACUGA